AUGGUUAAGGGUUCUUUUAAAUAUGCUUGGGUGUUGGAUAAACUGAAAGCUGAACGUGAGCGUGGUAUCACUAUCGAUAUUGCCUUGUGGAGGUUUGAAACCAAUAAGUACAAUGUCACAGUUAUUGAUGCACCCGGUCAUCGGGAUUUCAUCAAGAAUAUGAUCACAGGAACAAGUCAAGCUGAUUUAGCUAUACUGAUUGUUGCUGCUUGUGUUGGUGGUAUUGGUACUGGUCCUGCUGGUCGCGUCGAGACUGGUAUCAUCAAGCCUGGUAUGGUCGUGACAUUUGCUCCUCAAGGAUUAACAACAGAAGUCAAGUCCGUCGAAAUGCAUCCCGAAGCCCUUGCAGAGGCCUUGCCCGGUGACGAUGUUGGUUUUAAUGUGAAGAAUGUUUCCGUCAAAGAUAUCCAUCGUGGUAAUGUUGCAGGCGAUUCGAAGAACGUUCCCCCGAAGGAAGCCGCAACCUUUACUGCUCAAAUUAUAUCCAGUUGGACAUCUAUCUGUGAUUAUAAUACAUGGGAUCAAAAUUUAAUCACUGGUUUUCAUCCAUUUCAUACUAAUAUGUAUUUAUGCAAUGGUUCAAGUGGUCAUGGUACACAACAUGCUAUAGCAAUUGGGAAAUCAAUAUCUGAACUGAUUUCUUUUCAUCGUUAUAAAACAUUAGACUUAGUACGUUUCUCAUUUGAUCGUUUAUUUUUUAAUGAAGUUGUCAAAGAAGUGAAUUGUUUUUAA